AGGAUGAUCAACUGCUAUUCGUAGAAUCAGAUUUUUCUGAUUCUCAUAUUUCUUUUGCAGACCCAAAAAAUAAUAAGGACGUUCAGUUUGCAAAAUUGCAGGAAGAUCUUGCUAUAUUACUGAAUGGAAAAAUAAGAAAG